AUGUGGCCCGUCCUUGCUGUUCUUCUCUCGAUUGUCAAUGGCCAGAUUGUUCUCGCCAACAGUGCCAUAAAUGAUCAAGUGGACGUUUUUUUCGGCACUGAAAAUGGAGGUAAUGUGUUCCCCGGUCCUGCCAGACCUUAUGGGAUGGUCAAGAUGGGUGUCGAUGUUCUUGAUGCCAAAGGUGGUAGUGCUUAUUCGGGUUACUCUCCCGAUGGAAGAAUCAAUGGCAUCUCAAUGAUGCAUGAAAGUGGUACCGGAGGUGCUCCUCAGUACGGAGUAGUAGCUCAGCUUCCAUUGGUUGGUGAUGUGGAUUUAGGUUCACAGCAGACAAUUGAAAGACUGAGUCCUGAUUCUGGGUCGGUAGGGCACUAUCUUGUAAAUGCAACUAACGGAGUUACAGCAGAAUUUGCAGCCGCCGAUAGAGCCGGAAUUUACAAGUAUACAUUUCCUUCAGGUACCACCCCGCUGGUUCUAGUCAAUGGCUCACACCAUCUCUCGGCACCCACAAGGCCGUGGUGGACCCAAUAUUUCGUCAAUGGUUCUUUGUCGACACUGAGUGAAGGUAAGUACACUGGUUCAACCACCAUCAAAGGCGGCUGGGGUGAACAACUGCCUUGGACCAUAUACUAUUGCGGAGAUUUUGAGACGGCACCAAGUUCAAUCAAUGCUUUCAGUGGCUCCCAGAGGUUCAAUUCGUCCACAGUUUCGUCUUCAAUCCAAGACGGAUCUUUUGGAUUUUUGUUCACAUUUCCCGAGGGAACAACGAGCAUCAGCUCAAGAGUUGGAAUAUCGUUUAUUUCCACAGACCAAGCAUGCCGAAACAUUGAGAACGAACUUUCAGGAUACCAAAUAGAAGACACUGUUGCUGAAACCGUCAAAAAAUGGAACACUCAGGUGUUUGGUAAGGUUGACAUUGAAACCGAUAACAGCACCUUACUCGAAUACAUCUACACUGCCUUAUACGGAGCCCAUCUUUUACCUUCGAAUAGAACGGGCGAGAAUCCAUACUGGAGUUCUACUGAGCCUUACUAUGACGACUUUUUUACCAUCUGGGAUACCUUUCGGUGUCUCAAUCCACUCUUCAAUAUUUUGAGUCCAAGUCGUGGUGCAGACAUUGUGAGAAGCUUGAUUGACACUUGGAGAAACGAUGGGUAUACGCCCGAUGCCCGAUCUGCUAAUCAGAAUGGCAGAACUCAGGGAGGAAGCAACUCAGACAUUGUCAUGGCAGAUGCCUAUGCGAAGAACAUUAAUGAUGGUAUAAAUUGGGAAGACGGUUUCUCAGCCAUGAAAAAGAAUGCCGAAGUGACACCAGAAUAUGUUUAUGACCCCAAAGCUCCCGAUGCCUCCAACAAAGAAGGAAGAGGGGCACUUCCUGAUUGGCUCAAAUAUGGCUAUGUUACAAGGGCAUAUACCAGGUCUGUCACAAGAACUAUGGAAUACGCCUACGAUGACUUUGCUUUGUCUGUUGUUGCCAAAGGUCUUGGAUACACAAGUGAUGCUGCCAAGUAUUUGAAAAGAUCUACCAACUGGAAGAAUAUUUGGAAUCCUGAAGCCACUAAUUCUUCGGUAUCAUACAAAGGAUUUGUUCAGCCCAAAAAUGCAGAUGGAACCUUCAAUGGCACAAACUAUGACCCUCUUUCGUGCAACAAUUGUUACUGGACCGACGAUGAGUAUGAAGGAAAACCGGUGGAAUAUGUUUGGGCAGUUCCUCAUGAUAUUUCAUCUUUGGUGGAUCUCAUGGGUGGGAACGAUAGUUUCUCCCAACGACUUGACGAUAUGUUUGCACUUCACGGACAAGGAUUCGCAGAUAUCGGCAAUGAACCCAGUUUUCUCACUCCUUACUUGUACAAUUAUGUCAAUGCUCAACAUAAGACGGUGGAGCUUAUUCGGUAUUUGGUCAAUACGAAAUAUUCACCUGGUGCUUCUGGACUUCCUGGGAAUUCUGAUGCGGGAGCAAUGCAGGCGUGGCUUCUUUUCGGUUUGUUUGGGUUCUAUCCUGUGGCAGGUACCACAACUUAUCUCUUAUCUUCACCAUUUGUUCCUAAAACGACGUUCAACUUGGAAAAUGGAAAUACUGUUGAAAUUGUUGCUAACAAUUUGAGUGACACCAAUUUCUAUGUCCAAAGUGUUCAAAUCAAUGGUGAAGACUGGAAUAAGAAUUGGUUCAGUCACGAGGACUUAUUUGAAAAUGGCGGAACCAUCACAUUUGAGCUCGAUUCGCAGCCAAUUGUAUGGGAAACAGGAGAUGUGCCACCCAGUCCCGGUCACACCAAUUCUUGA